AUGGCAGAUAUACGUUUUAGGGUCUUGAUAGGUGUCCCGACUGAGGAGAUCAUUAUUGUCUGUCAUGGAGAGUGCUGGGGGCUGGUUGUGUUAGUUGGAUGUGCAAAUGCAGCCGGAUUGAGUUGCUUCAUUGUCGCAAAACUGUUUCAAAAGAAAUGA